AUGUCUUCAACAUCUUAUGAUGAAAAUGAGUUUUCUCAUCGACAAGGAAGCCUUACAUCGCUUGUUGAUGAAGAAGAUCAAAUAUCAACUGCUAGUGAUUUACCAAUAAAACGACAAAGUCAAGAUUCAUCAUCAAAACAACGUUUAUCACCAUCAUCAUUUUCAAAUGCUUAUUUAAAAUUACGAAAUGUUGAUGAUACUCAAUUACUUCAUAUUGAAAACGAAUCUCAAAUAGCAAGUAUCGAUCUUGAAGCUGUACCUGAUAUAAGUCAUGAAGAUAAUACAAUGAAUAGUUGGCAGCAUUUAUCAAAUAAUAUAUCAACAGAUGAUCAAAAUUAUCAAAAUAUAUCACAAUCAGAUUCUAUGGAUGAAAUUACAGUAAGUUUUGGAUUUCAACAUCAAGAUGAUACAGAAAAUAAAGAUCAAUCAAAACAAAAUUCAUCGGAAGAAAUAGAUUCGACAGUUGAUUAUGAAACAUUUGUUCGUUCAAGACAACUUUAUGUUGAUCCAAAUCCAGAAUUAAUACGAAAACCACUCAUGAUUUCUCCACUUGCAUAUAAACAAAAUAUACGAAUUAAAUUUUUAAAACCACCACCUGUUCCACAAGGACCUUUAAUUAUUCGUGAAGUUCGUCCACCUCAACCUCCACCACCACCACCUCUCGUUAUUCGUCAACGCCCUAUACCUCCUGUUACACAACCACCCAUUGUUCUUCGUGAAAAACCUCCACGAGUACCGGACAUGACAAAAACACAAGUUUUAACAAAAACUCUUCCUCCUGUUCCACCUCCACCACGUUCAAUUAUCAUUGAAAGAGUACCUUCAUUACCACCUAAACCACGUGAUAUUAUUAUUGAACGUUGGAUACCUUAUGAAUCUAUGGCACAAAAACGUAAAGUUAUUGUUCAACGAUGUGAAGAACCAAAACCAUAUCCACCACCAAAAAAUGUUAUCAUUACAUAUGAUAAUGUUCAAGUAAAAGUUUUUCGUCAAUUUGAACGACUUGGUAUUACACCUGAAGAUCCUCAAAAAUAUUCAGCACGUUAUGGAGAUUCUUUACUUGAUACAAAAGAUUUAUUAGCACAAGCAAAAGAACUUGGUAUUACAGAAGAUAUUUCACCACCACUUUUAACCGAUCCUGAAAUCAUAAAACAAUUAACAAAUAAUUCAUUAGAUAAAGUUAAACUUGAAAAAAGUUCGUCAGGUAAUAAUACAACGGAUAAAGCUAUUCAUAGUGAUAUAGAUAAUAAUAAUUAUACUCCUGCAUAUGAAAAUCUUGUCGAUGGAUCAUUAUCAUCGAUGAGUCAUAAUGGAUGGAGUGAACAUCCGAUCGAUGAAAAAAAUAGUACAGAUGAUGUAUAUGCUCAAAAAGCUCAUUAUGGUUUGACGACGGAAUCAACUUCACAUUAA